AUGUCCGACUCUCAGGAACUCCGCCAAGAUCAGGUUGCUCCUCCCAAAGAGCAGCAGCACCCAGUCAGAUGGCACCGCUCGACCUUUUACAACAUGACCAUCCUGGGUCUCUGCAACUUCGCCGCGCCCGGCAUCUGGGGAGCCAUGAACUCCCUGGGUGCAGGCGGCGCUGCGUCUCCUAAGCUCGUUAACGCCGCCAAUGCGCUGACGUUCUGUCUCAUGGUCGUCUCGUGCUAUUUCUCGAGCGUGAUUGUCCACUACAUCGGUAUCAAGGGUGCUCUCAUCUUCGGAACCGUUGGUUAUGCGCCGUUUGCUGCCGGCCUCUACACCAACAACCGUUACGGCACUGAGUGGCUCAUGCUUGUCGGCGCUGCUGUCUGCGGUAUCUCGGCUGGUGUCUUCUGGAUGGCGGAGGCUGCGAUCGCCAUUGCCUACCCUGAGCCGUGGAACCGCGGGAAGGCCCUCGGCUACUGGCUGACCUACCGCCUCGGCGGACAGAUCCUCGGUGGUGCGAUCAACCUGGGUCUCAAUGCUGACCGAGACCAAGCCGGCAGUGUCUCGUACACCGUUUUCAUCGUCUUCAUUGCCAUCCAGGCGGCUGGUCCAUUUGUCGGCUUCUUCCUGAACAAGCCAAGCAAGGUCGAGCGCAGGGAUGGCAAGAAGGUGAACUUGUCCAUCGUCGAGAACCCCUGGUACGAGAUCAAGGCUACGACAAAGAAUUUCAUGAAGCCUAAAUUUCUUCUCCUCCUCCUAUGGAUUGGACAGGCUGUCUUCGCCGAGGCCGUGUAUUUCACAUAUAUCGCUCUGUGGUUCUCUGUUCGUGCGCGUGCGCUGGGCUCUUUUCUGUCUGGUAUCGUGGCCGUUAUCUCGGGCAACCUUCUGGGUCACUGGCUCGACCGCACCAAGAUCCCUCUCAAGACGCGCUCUCGCGGCGCAUUCUGGUUCAUUGUCAUCACUCAAGGUGCCUGGUGGACGUGGGCUACGGUCAUGGCCACCAGAUUUCGCGAAAGUCGUCCUACCUAUGAUUGGAGCAGCCCCGGCUUUGGCGCUGCCUUUGGCGUCUACAUCUUCCUGACGAUUGGAUUUCAAAUCAACUACCUGUUCCUCUACUUCUUCGUCACGAACCUGGCCGAAACCGAGGACCAGGUCAUUCGCUACGCCGCUCUGCUCCGUGGUACCGAGUCCGCGUGGCAGGCUGUCAGCUACGGCCUGACCUCUAUUCCCGUCUUUGGCGAGAUUGGUGGUAUUUACAUGAACUUCAGCUUGUGGGCUCUUGCUAUCGGUCCAGCCUGGCUUGUUCUCAAGCACUUUGGUAACGGAGCCGAAAAGGGGAUCCACCAUGAGGCACAGAUCACUCAGGCAGGCGACGGCGCGGUGUCGAGCGAGACGCAGAGCGAGGACGGCGAGGGCAAGAAAACUUUCGCUGGCACGGAGAGCAAGACUGGACUGAAUUGA